AAUAGAUGUAGAUGCAUCCUUGAUAGGCCAGCCGCGGCUGAGUAUGACCACUCUAAUUCGCUCAUCUCGUGCAUUCAGUGCGGGGCCAGUGUAACACAGCUCAGCAACAUCGCCAGAACCUGCUGCUUCAAUCAAUCCUCCCCGCGUUUUAUAUCUUGUGCCUCGUCUGUUUCUACUGGUUUCAGAGCACACGAAUUAGUUGUUGUCAGCGAAGAUCACCACAUCCGCCCCCACAGGGCAAAUACAAAGACCGCCGUAUCACCAACCUCUCGUCCCAAUAUGGCUUCGACAACGUUAAUUCUUAUCCUCGGCACGUAUUUCUGUUGGGCAGCUAUGGUAUCUAGGGAGCUCUUCCAUCAGGUGUGGGCAAUUACGCUCUUAUUUCUCGUCUUCCUCACAGAUAAGUGCUUCCAGCAAGACUCAACAAUACAUUCAUUCUUCUAUGGUACUCUGUGCGUCUUGAAUCUCGCCGUCUGUAUCGCCUUGUCCCCGGUCCAGGUCUUUCUUUUCAAACAGAAAGCCACAUAUCAGACGCCAAAGCGAUUGGAUGAGUUCUUGCCCAAGUCAGCUCCAGGAUCACGUCGCAAUCCUUCCAUAUCGGUAGAUCUUGUAGCUGUUCACGGACUUGGCUCCUCCCCAGAGGCAGCAUGGGCCUACAAGCUUGAUACUCCACGAGACGAAGCGGGCAAUUCAACUCCGACUCACAAUUGCACGCAAACAACUGCAAAGCCAAAAUAUGGGCCGAUAUGGCUUCGAGACUUUCUUCCUCUCGAUGCGCUCCAGGCCCGGGUCCUGGUCUAUUACCACAAUUCCGGAUGGCAAGCACAUGCAUUGGGUAUGUCUCUCAGAGACUAUGGACAAGAUCUCCUAACUUCGAUCGAAGGCGUCAGGCAAACAGAGGCAGUAUGA